AUGGCUGUUGGCCGCAAACGGAAGCGCCAUGAACAUGAACAUGAACAUGAACAAGACGCGUCAAACUUGGAUGUGCUGGAUCCUGUUGGAGCUCAUGGAUUAGUCAGGAGAGACCUCCUGCAACACGCAUACACCACUGUCUUGACAUUACGAGAAUAUGCUUUGCUCAAGCUGCCGAGUGGUUCUAGAUUGCGUCGAAAGAAGAUCAAUAAUCUUGGCAAAGGAAACUCCGUCACCGAGUUGGAAACAACCAUUUCCAAGUUUCUCGACUCAACACUAAUUUGUGGCUCUGAUCCCAUAUUGCAGAGCAACCAUGCCACAUACGAACAGUGGCUGUCUUUCUCGCAAAAGGGAGAUGAGUCUCAUGUGACCAUUUCGGGAGGAAUAUCGGACUCAGAGAACACGCAAUCAGAGCUAGUAGACUUUGCUAUAUGGUCAUUGUUCAACAGAGAAAAAAAGCCAGGUGCAUGGCCAAAGCAUCUCCUGUGUGACGGAUUUCGCAAAAAAGCUAGAGAAGGAGAUCCCAAUGGUACCUCUAUUCCAGAUGUGUACAGCCUGUACCCGAACCAUCAUGCUGCAGCUUUGAAACAGGAGCCAUGGCCACACGUCCUAGCUUUACUGGGUCGCUCGGGGCAAAAGAUCAUGAUCGAUUUGCUUGUCGAGCGCUCUAUUUUUGUCACAGUCGAGGCAGGUAUUGGGAACUACUACCAAAUAAGUGGCGUUCCUCUAUCAGACAUUGAUUUGGGUGGCAACUCGAGUAAUUCCAGCGUACCUCGCAAAUUGUCGGAUAUUUCUCUAGUGAGAAGUCGCAUCUUCUAUGCCAAGCCAGCUCUCACAGCGCGCGGCAGGGUGCAGUCCGGCUUCAAACAUAUCCAUGUCUUGAAUCGAUGUCCUGGCAGUAAAGAUGACGGGACGGAAGAACGCACUCGGAUAAGAGAUGCAAACACCAUGAAGGUCGCCAUGUACAUAUUUCCAAGACAGUUUGGGCUACACAACGUCUUCACAUCCCAUGUGAAUCUUUCAGAAACAGCGCAAAGGUUUCAGGAUUACACAUUGCGGGAAGACGAGAUCAAAUCCUUUGUUGCAGAUGGCAAAAAUUGCUCAAAGGAUGGGACACCAAAGCUACCGAAACGUCUUCGGGGAGCAGCUUGGAGCCUCGUUCAGCGACUCCAAGUUCUCCAUGGGCAGUGCUCAUACGGCGAGCUGCUUAGGCAUUACUGUCCUUUGAAAAUUGACAAUAGACGGCCACAGACAGCGUCUCAUUCCGUGGGUGGUCGAUCCCUGACGCGCAACUCGGAGAGGAUGCAGGCGACUGGACAGACGUCAACCGAGGUCGCCUCCAACACCAACAACACGCCGGGCAAAACAAGGUAUCCUCAACCACGUCGGGAUGUCUUGCAAUGCAAUUCACUGGUUGAUCUGGCGACUUCAACCUCCCAAGUAUCGGCCCUCUGUCAAGCAGUCUUGUCCAACCUCGUGCCCAAUGAAUUCUGGGGCAAAGGUGAGACCAUGUGCCACAACAAGGCGAUAGUUCUCCGCAAGGUCGACCACUUCAUUAAACUUCGGCGAUUCGAGGCCAUGACGUUGCACGAAAUAUGCCAAGGGAUGAAGAUUGCGGAUAUUCCAUGGCUCCAGCUGCCUGGUUCGUCGGCCCCAAAGGCCAGCCAAACUGAUAGAAACAAACAGAAUGAAAUAUUUCACGAACUCUUGUAUUAUAUAUUCGAUUCUUUACUGAUACCCUUUAUUCGCGCAAACUUUUAUGUAACAGAGUCCAACUCGCACCGAUAUCAGAUAUUUUACUUCCGCCACGAGAUAUGGCGACGCAUAGCAGAGCCGGCGUUGUCACUUUUAAAGGUAGAUAUGUUUCAGGAGCUGAAACUCACUGAAGCCAACGGUAUCUUGGAUGGUAGGCGUCUGGGGUUUAGUCAAAUACGAUUACUUCCCAAGGGAAGCAAAUUACGACCGAUUAUGAAUCUGCGCAGAAGACAGGUUAGCAGAACGAGUGCCAAAGCGCUGAAGCCAAGCAUCAACUCCGUCCUCGGACCAAUUCACACGGCACUCAAGUUUGAGAAGAUCACAAAUCCGCAAAAGCUAGGCUCAACGCUUUUCUCCGUAAGCGACAUGUACGCCCGACUCAAAAAGUUCAAAACCUCUCUCCCCAGUAAACCACACCGAUUCUACUUUGCCAAACUGGACGUCCAGUCCGCAUUCGACACCAUUCCCCAAGACGCCAUUGUGCAACUCAUGAAAUCCGUCCCAACCCAACCACAAUACACCAUCACCAAACAUGCAGAAGUACAACCCGGGGAGCGAGCCAUGCUGGCUCCAGAAAAGACUGCUACAAAGCCUAUUAGACGAUGGCAUGCAUCGGCCCUUGCCCAAGCCGGACAACCCUUCACAGAACGCCUGCAUAACGGUCUAGCCACCAAAAGGAAGCAUACAGUGUUUGUCGACGGCGUUGCUCAGCGGAACCAUGAUGUGAAUUCCCUCCUCUGCCUCCUCAAUGACCACAUUGAAAGAAACCUGGUCAAAAUCGGCAAGAAAUAUUAUCGGCAGAAGCGUGGCAUACCACAGGGUUCAGUGCUGUCCUCGUUCCUAUGUAAUUACUUUUACGCGGACCUUGAAAGCAACCAUCUGGACUUUUUGCGCACUCCAGACUGUCUUCUCAUGAGACUCAUCGACGACUUUCUCCUCAUCACGCUGGAUAAGAGCAAGGCAGUACGUUUCGUUGAGACAAUGCACCGGGGCCUCCCUGAAUAUGGCGUGCAAGUCAGCCCGCCAAAGACGCUGGUCAAUUUCGACAUGCGGAUCGACGGCCAACCAGUUGGUAAAACCACACAACCCUCAUUUCCAUACUGCGGGACGCGCAUCAACGACCAGACGCUGGAUAUCACCAAGGAUGGAGAGACUAACCUCCCUACAUCUCAUUCCCUAACAGUAGAGUACGGCCGCUCUGCUGGACAGAAUUUCCAAAGGAAAAUCCUUAACGCCUUCAAGAUUCAAUCCCACCUCAUGUUCUUUGACACCUUGCACAAUGCCCCACGGACGGUGCUGGACUCUCUGCGCAGCGCGUUCGUCGAGACCGCGCGCAAAAUGUGGGCGUAUAUACGGUGUUUGCCAAAGACGCAGCGCCCCUGCACGGGUCUAAUUACACGGACUAUUGCCAAAGUUGCAGACGUUGCGUUUUCGAUUCUGUCCAGCAAGUCGAGGAGGUUGCGCUACCCAGAGUAUUCGUGCUGUAUUCGAAAGGGACAAGUGAAUUGUGCUGCGUAUGGGGCUUUUUGGGAGGUCCUUGGUACGAAACAGGCUAAUUAUGGACCUGUUAUUGUGUGGUUGGAGAAACAGGAUAAGAGGCUAUCUGCUAUGCAGUGA